AUGAGCUCCCGAACACUGAAAUGGACCCGAACGGCUAAAUCAUCGUUGGUGAAGCAACAUGUCGCCCGUCCUAGUGACCCCGCCACGGCGCGCCCGGUACAGGCGUUGAAUGUCCAAGCCCAGCAAUUCGCCGAGUUCUCGGGCAGCAGUGAAAGCCAAGAUCGCCUUGGCCAUCGAGCAAAGGAGAAACUACUCGAUAAGGAAUUUUUUCUUAGUUUACUGAGCUCUGCGUCAACUAAGCGCGAAGCUAAGUCGUACCUAGCUCGGCUUAAGGCCAACCCCGCUAGAUCGAGCCUAGAAUCUAUAUCCGAGCCCCCGAAAGAGUCCGCAUCAGUAUGUGUACCUCCUGGUGUUAACCUGGGCUCAUUCUACGGUGCAUCCAGGGCAGUGUACGACAGUCCUGUUUUCCGACAAGAUACGACUCCUACCCCGGAAGCGCAAUACAUCUCCGAAAGGUUACACUUGGCAGUGAUAAAAAUCACCAGGCCGCAAUUUCUCGAUGAUUCAGUUAUCAAUGGAGUGGCGAAGACUUUAUCGCAGCUCGUCCGCUUGGGCAUGGGGUGCUGCGUCGUAGUCGAUCCCGGGAAGAUGGACGACGCUGCUAUGCGGCAUAUGGCCAUCGAACAGGCAAAUCGGAUAUCAGCGGCCGUCGAUUGGCAGCCCGACUCAAAAUCAUUCCGUCUCGACUCAGCGUUGUCUUUACCCGAGCGGGGCUCAGGUCAACCCAUAAUUCUAUCUCGGAAAGUGAUUUUGAGCGCCCUUCGGGAAGGCAAUGUUGUUCUUAUCACGCCGAUUGCUUAUACAGAGGACAGCCCACGAGCUGUCUCAGUCUCAGCAAAUGAUGCGGUCCUUACAUUGAUAAAAGAGUUAGCUGGAUUAUCAACAUUUCCAGACCCAGACGAAGAUCCAUCAAUCACCGCCGAGAGAAUCAAUACUCUACAGAGGGAGGUAUCGGUGGACCGUGUCAUUGUUCUCGAUGCGCUUGGUGGUAUUCCGGCGUUCAAAGGCCCACAGUCGUCGCACGUCUUCAUUAACAUGGAGCAAGAGUUUGAUCAAAUCAAAGAUGAGCUCUGCCAGGCACGAGAUUCUGUUUCCGGAAACAACAACGCUGCAAAGCAGGUCAACACUGAAGCCACUUACCCAAUUUUGGAAAGCAAUCCUUUCUCGAAACUUGUCAAUCGUGAAGUCGUCUCACCUGGACAACCAGAUGAGCCUGGCCAAUCACCGGCCGGCAAGGUAAUGGGAAAAUUGCUAGAUGGCCAUCUAGAGAAUCUCCGACUAUCCCAACAAGCAUUAGCCAUGCUACCAUCAGCCUCUUCAGGAAUUAUCACCUCCCCACAAGAGGUUUCCUACUCAGCUCGCGCACCUCAAGCGGCCGAUUCAGACCUGUCAGCCGUCGGAACCCGUCGACAGCGCAACCCACUGAUUCAUCACCUCCUCACCGACAAGCCUCUACUCUCAUCUUCUCUUCCCCCGGGUCGACGGGGCGCUUUCAACAGCGGAUCAUUCAGUAUAUCUAGCCCUCUUACAUCACACACGACCUUCAUAAAACGCGGCAUGCCCCUCACGAUUCUCCCAAAUCCCUGGACAAAACCCUGGUCAGCCCAUAUCCAACCGCGACUCGGACUGAACGACCCCAGCAUCGACCUUCCCCGCUUAGUCACCCUAAUCGAAGACUCCUUCGACCGCAAACUCGACGUUCAAAAUUACCUCGACCGCGUGAACAGUCGCAUCGCCGGUGUCAUCGUCGCCGGCGAGUACGAAGGUGGCGCCAUCCUGACCUGGGAGAUGCCGCCAGGUGUUCCCGACGAUGGAAGCGAAGCCAGUGCUGCUCGCAUGGUGCCCUAUCUGGAUAAAUUUGCCGUACUGAAGCGGAGCCAGGGUGCGGGCGGCGUCGCAGACAUUGUGUUCAAUGCGAUGGUGCGCACCUGUUUCCCCAACGGAGUCUGCUGGCGCAGCCGCAUGGACAACCCCGUGAAUAAAUGGUACUUCGAGCGCUCGUCGGGUACUUGGAAGCUGGCUGAUAGUAACUGGACGAUGUUCUGGACGACGCCUGGGCUUGUGGAGAAUUCCCAGCGCUUCCAGGAUUAUGAGGCUGUUUGUCGGGCUAUUCAGCCUAGUUGGGCGGAUACGAAAAGUGUUGUUGAUUGA